UCAAACUGUCAAAAAAUCGUGUUUUUAUUGGGCAACCGACAGAAACAAAGUUUUUUGCCGAAAUUACAUCUCGUCUCGAUUCUCCAAUCUCCAAGAAAAAUUCACUAAAUUUAGCAAAAAUUAGUAUUGUUUUGUUUUAUUUUAUAAAACUUAAAACAUUUUAAAAGUUUUCACAUAUUGUCAAGCCAAGCAAAGUUACUAUAGCGACCAAAACAAUGAAAAAAAAGUCAAUAACAUUGGAAGUAGAUCCAACAAUUAUGGAAAAUAACAUGAGAAUCGUUAAAGAAAAUCCUGUGGAGGAAGAACUUAAUAAGUUACUAGCUGACACAGUACCUUCGCAAACUGUAAAACCUCGACCAGGCUUCUGUGUCAAGACAUUCACAAAACCGGACAACAAGAAGGUGUUUGUCAACAUUUGUCUUACUGAAGCCAUACCCAGUCCUGUAGACAUCAGCAAUGCAGAGUUAAUGCAGAUCCUCAACUCUGACGACCCAUCAAGCUAUAGAGUUCCCAUGAGCAUUGGCGAAGGAAGAACAGAGCAGGACAAAUCUGGAGCACCAGCAACAGUCUACGAUGUCGCAAUAAACCCAGAGUUCUUUUCAAAAAUUGAAAAAGAUGACUUAUUUCAAACGUUUUUCUUAACUGUAGUCUUUGAGGGGUUGCAGGAUAAGUAUCAGUUUGAAUUGGACAUGCAAAAAUUCACUGUACUGAAAAACAGAAAGUCUAUUGGUACUUUGCAGUCUCACAGAAUUCAGAUUAGGGAUGUAAAGAAGUGUGAAGAGAAAGCAAAACCGUUGAUAGAGGAAAUCCAAAAGCCUGCAAAGAUUAGUGAGCUAGCACCUGCUAAGAAGAGGGAAUUUGUGUACCGACUGAGACGGGAACCUCCCACAGGGGAGAUUGAGUAUUUGCUGGCUGAAUUUAUGGUACCAGCAUCAGUUGAACUAAAAGAUUUGAACCUGGAAAUAGGAGAAGACAGGCUGGUUUUGGAUUCCAAGGGUCUGUUUGAAUCAGUGGAUUUCUUUCUACCCUGCAGCGUCGAUCAGGAUAUAGUGGAUGCUCAGUUGAACAGGAAUAAGGAUAUGUUGUAUGUGAAGAUGCCUAUUAUACAUUAAAGUUAUUAUUCUUGUAUUAGUUACUAUUAAUAAAUAAAAAAUUUAAA